ACACAUGCUUUAACCAAAUCAUCAAUUAUUGCUACAAAGAAUUUCAUAUCAAAAUUCCACAGUCCAAACUCAGUCCCUAUCACUCUACUCUAACAACCAUUUUCAACCACUUUAUUAUUUUACACAUAAAUAAAUAAAAUAGAAAAAUACUGAAAAAAAAUGUAACAAAACCAUACACAACAUCACACAUGAAAUUAUUAUUAUUAAUUAUUUAUAAUAAUAAUAAUAAUCACUCUUUCCACCAUUUUGCUACGAUGCAAAACUCACCCACAAUUAUCUCAAUUCCGCCACCGUUUCCGUUGUUUCCUCCGCCGCAACCCACCGGAGGACAAAUUGUUGUAAUUCCAAUACCACCUCCACCGUUUAGACCAUUCUUCGGCGCUCCCAGCUCGGAGUUUCAAAUCACUGACCCUGCUCCACCACCACCGUUCGCCGGCGAUUCUAGCUCCGUCGAUUUAUCUCCUUUAGAGUUUCUCCUAGCUCUCGUUGCAAUUGUUACUAUUCCCGCCUUGAUCUACACUUUCAUCUUCGCAUACGGAUGUUCAUCUUCUCAUCGUCGGAGAUCCUCCUCCGAUGAAGUUUCCGGUGAUCCUUCAAUUGCAUCGGAGCUCUCUCGCCAUGACGUGGAAAGUGUUUCUCCAGUAGAAAGUGCCGGAGUGAAGUAUCAGAAGGAAACGCACGCAACAAAAAUCGGCGGCGAGUGUCCGGUGUGUUUAUCGGUGUUUUCCGACGGUGAAGAAAUUCGGCAGUUGAGUGUUUGCAAACACUCGUUUCAUACUUCUUGCAUUGAUUUGUGGCUCAGUAACAACUCCAAUUGUCCGAUUUGCCGCGCCACGGUUGCUUCUACCGCUGCCGCGACAGCUAAAAGUUCCGAUUCCAGUAGAGACGGUGAUCAUCAACAGGUUCCCCGUGAUGCUGCUUCUUUGGUUUGAUUUUUCUUUUUUUUUUUAUCUUUAUAAUUUUUGUUAUAGUAAAUGUGAGUUUUAAUUAAUAUCAUCAUAUAAAUAUCCGAAUUUCCAUAUACAUUUUUAUUUUAUAUAAAGUAAUUGAGUUUAGGUGUAAAAACGUUUUGAUUUUGGUAGUGGUCGUACAUACACGGAUCCGGAUUCUGUGC